AUGGAGAGACAGAGGAUACUUUUCGUGAAAAGUACCUUCACCGAAAUUGGAACAGAUAGCAUGCUAGUCUCUGGUUCAAUAUCAAAACCAACAACAACGGCACCAACAACAACGAAAGAAUUACAAACAACAAAAGACAAAUUAACUGCAUCAACAACACCACAAGUAACAACAAUUGAAGCACCAACAACUACAACAAUCUCAAGACCAAUAGUAUCUGAAUCACCUAAAACCACAUCAUCAAACCAAAUAAAAACCGAUAUAUCAACACAUACAACAACCACAUCACAACCAACAACAACCACAACACCACAACCAACAACAGACACAACACAACCAACAACAGACACAUCACAACCAACAACAACCACAACGCCACAACCAACAACAACUACAUCACAAGUAACAACAACCACAACACCACAACCACCAACAGACAUAACACAACAACCAACAACAGACACAUCACAACCAACAACAACCACAACACCACAACCAACAACAGCCACAUCACAAACAACAACAGCCACAUCACAAACAACAACAACCACAACACCACAACCAACAACAGCCACAUCACAACCAACAACAGACACAACACAACCAACAACAGACACAUCACAACCAAUAACAACCACAACACCACAACCAACAACAACUACAUCACAAGUAACAACAACCACAACACCACAACCAACAACAGACAUAACACAACAACCAACAACAGACACAUCACAACCAACAACAACCACAACACCACAACCAACAACAGCCACAUCACAACCAACAACAGCCACAUCACAAACAACAACAACCACAACACCACAACCAGCAACAGCCACAUCACAACCAACAACAGCCACAACAUUACAACCAACAACAACCACAUCACAACCAACAACAACCACAACACCACAACCAACAACAGACGCAACACAACCAACAACAGACACAUCACAACCAACAACAACCACAACACCACAACCAACAACAACUACAUCACAAGUAACAACAACCACAACACCACAACCAACAACAGACAUAACACAACAACCAACAACAGACACAUCACAACCAACAACCACAACACCACAACCAACAACAGCCACAUCACAACCAACAACAGCCACAUCACAAACAACAACAACCACAACACCACAACCAACAACAGCCUCAUCACAACCAACAACAGCCACAACACAACCAAAAACAGACACAAUAUCACAACCAACAAUAACCACAACACCACAACCAACAACAGCCACAUCACAACCAACAACAGCCACAUCACAAACAACAACAACCACAACACCACAACCAACAACAGCCACAUCACAACCAACAACAGCCACAACAUUACAACCAACAACAACCACAUCACAACCAACAACAACCACAACACCACAACCAACAACAGACGCAACACAACCAACAACAGACACAUCACAACCAACAACAACCACAACACCACAACCAACAACAACUACAUCACAAGUAACAACAACCACAACACCACAACCAACAACAGACAUAACACAACAACCAACAACAGACACAUCACAACCAACAACAACCACAACACCACAACCAACAACAGCCACAUCACAACCAACAACAGCCACAUCACAAACAACAACAACCACAACACCACAACCAACAACAGCCUCAUCACAACCAACAACAGCCACAACACAACCAAAAACAGACACAAUAUCACAACCAACAAUAACCACAACACCACAACCAACAACAACCACACCACAACUAAAAACAGCCACAGCAUCACAACCAAUACCAACCACAACACCACAACCAACAACAACCACAUCAGAACCAACAACAACCACAACAUCACAACCAACAACAACUACAUCACAAGUAACAACAACCACAACACCACAACCAACAACAGACACAACACAACAACCAACAACAGAUGCAUCACAAUCAACAACAGCCACAACACCACAACCAACAGCAACCACACCACAACCAAAAACAGCCACAGCAUCACAACCAACACCAAUCACAACAUUACAACCAACAACAGCCAAAACAUCACAACCAACAACAGAAACAACACCAAAACCAACAACAUCACAACCGACAACAGCCACAAUAUCACAAUCAACAACAAGCACAACAGCACAACCAACAACAGCAACAACACCACAACCAACAACAGCCACAUCACAACCAACAACAGCCACAGCAUCACAACCAGCAACAGCCACAUCACAACCAACAACAACAUCACAACCGACAACAGCCACAGCAUCACAACCAGCAACAGCCACAUCACAACCAACAACAACAUCACAACCGACAACAGCCACAACAUCACAACCGACAACAACCGAAUCACCAACAGUCACAACAUCACAACCGACGACAAUCACAACAUCACAACCAACACCAGCCACAACAUCAAAACCGACAACAACCGAAUCACGAACAGCCACAACAACAUCAGAACACACAACACUAACAACCGAACAAUCAAUUUAUCGUAUAACCGAAACAUCAGCAGCAAUAACAACAUUUAAACCAACAACAACCACACCAACAACAACGAAAGAAUUACAAACAACAAAAGAAAAAUUUACUGCUUCAACAACACCACAACUAGCAACAAUUGAAACACCAACAAUCACAACAACAUCGGACCAAACAAAAACCGAGACAAUUACCAAAACAUUUCUACAAUCAACCAAAAACUCAAUCAUGGCUACGGAAAAUACCAUGCCAAUAACUACCGAUUCGAACACAGCGUCUUCAAUUCAAGGUAUGUCAGUAGAAUUUUAA